AUGGAUGAUCUUUACGAUGAGUUCGGUAACUUCAUAGGCGAGGAAGUUGAGUCGGAGGCCGGCUCUGACGCGGGCCUGGACGCCGCCGAUUAUGUAUAUGAUGAUGCUGCCGGCGACAUUCAGGAUGAGGACGAGCUCAUGGAGGUGGAUGAUGGCCCCUCAAACGCAGUCAUUCUCCACGAAGACAAGCAGUACUACCCCACCGCCGAACAGGUCUAUGGCCAAGAUGUCGAAACCCGCGUCGAGGAGGAGGAUGCGCAGCCUCUUACACAGCCCAUCAUCGCACCGAUUGAGACGAAAAAGUUCACCAUUGAAGAGGAGGACCUCCCGCCCGUGUACUACAGCCGCGAGUUCAUGGCGGACCUGAUGAACUUUCCCGACCAAAUACGAAACGUCGCACUCGCUGGCCACCUGCACCACGGGAAGACGGCCUUUACAGAUAUGCUUGUUCUGGAGACGCACGACAUCCUCCAGAAGCUGGACAAGCGAGUCGGUCGAAAGCGCGACGAGGCCCUCCGCUACACAGACAUUCACAUCCUCGAGCGCGAACGCGGCGUCUCACUCAAGUCAUCACCGAUGAGCUUUGUGCUGCCGAACUCCAAGGGCAAGUCGCAUUUGGUCAAUGUGAUUGACACGCCUGGCCAUGUCAACUUUGUCGACGAGGUCGCUGCCGCUUUCCGACUGGUGGACGGUGUUUGUUUGGUAGUCGACGUGGUCGAAGGUGUCCAGGUAAACACGGAGCAAAUUAUCAAGCAUGCUGUGCUACAGGAUUUGCCGCUGACAUUGAUCAUCAACAAAAUGGAUCGUCUGAUUGUGGAGCUGAGACUGCCGCCCAAGGACGCAUACUUUAAGCUAAAACACGUUGUUGAAGAAGUCAACACCAUAAUCACAAACACCGCUCCCGCUACCUCUGCAGCGAAGCGCCUCAGUCCCGAAAAGGGAAAUGUGCUCUUUGCCUGCACUGAUAUGGGGUGGUGUUUUACACUACAGUCAUUUGCCAAAAUGUACGCGACCAGCUACGGCGACGUCAACGCCGAGGACCUGGCGAAGCGUCUAUGGGGAGACGUCUACUUCAACCCCAAGAAACGAACAUUUUCACGCAAACCACUCGAGGAUAGAACCGCGAGAUCAUUUGUUCACUUUGUGCUGGAGCCCAUCUACAAAAUCUUUACACAUUCUAUCAGCGACAGCCCAGAGGACUUACGCCCAGUCCUGGAGUCUCUAGGAAUUCAGCUGAAACCCGCGCAAUACAAGGCAGAUGCUAAGGUCAUUCUGAAGCUUGUGUGCGAGCAGUUUUUUGGGCCCUCUACCGGCUUCGUCGAUAUGCUUGUGCAACACAUACCUUCGCCAGUCGAGUCGGCGCAACGAUUGCUGGAGCGUCACUACACGGGGCCCCUGGAUAGCAAGGUUGCCAAGUCUAUGCUGGACUGUAACCAAGAUGGGCCUCUUGUUAUUCACAUUACGAAGCUUUUCAACAAACCUGACGCCAAGAGCUUCUACUCCUUUGGACGAGUCUUGAGCGGAACUGCGCGCCCUGGCACGCAGGUUCGAGUGCUUGGAGAAGGAUACUCCCUGGACGACGAGGAAGAUAUGGCAAUGACAACAAUCAACCAGGUAUUUAUUGGCGAGACGAGAUAUAAUAUUCCCACCGAUGGUGUGCCAGCUGGCAACCUCGUGCUACUCGACGGAGUCGACAACUCAAUAGUCAAGACGGCCACGAUUGUUCCACCCGCGCUAGAGGACGGCGAGGAUGCUUACAUCUUCAAACCCGUCAGCCACUUUACAGAAUCAGUUCUCAAGGUUGCUGUUGAGCCCAUCAACCCUUCGGAGCUACCCAAGAUGCUUGAUGGUUUACGAAAGGUUCAAAAGUCAUAUCCUCUUCUUGACACUAAGGUUGAGGAGUCUGGCGAGCACAUUAUCAUUGGAACUGGCGAACUAUACAUGGACUGUGUGCUGCACGAUUUGCGCCGUCUUUACGCAGACAUGGAUAUCAAGGUGUCGGAUCCCGUAACGAGAUUCUGCGAAACUGUCGUGGAAACUUCCGCCACCAAGUGCUAUGCCAUCACACCGAACAAGAAGAACAAGAUCACCAUGGUUGCUGAGCAACUAGAAAAGGGCAUUUCGACCGACAUUGAGACGGGGGCCGUCAAGAUCCGGGACGCCAUCAGGAAGACGGCCAAGUUCUUUGAGGAGAAGCACGGGUGGGACAAGCUGGCUGCGCGCAGCAUCUGGGCGUUUGGCCCUGAAGAUGCCGGCCCGAACAUCCUGCAAGACGACACGCUACCGACAGAGGUGGACAAGAAGCUGCUCAGCACAGUGCGCGAGUCGAUCCGCCAGGGCUUUAGCUGGGCGACACGCGAGGGUCCCCUCUGCGAGGAGCCGAUCCGCAACACCAAGUUCAAGCUGACUGACAUAACGCUCGCCGGCGAGGCCAUUUUCCGCGGCGGCGGGCAGAUCAUCCCGACGUCGCGCCGCGCGUGCUACUCGUCGUUUCUGAUGGCGUCGCCGCGGCUGAUGGAGCCCGUGUACGCCGUGUCGGUGACGGGGCCCGAGGACUCGUACAUGGAGGUGUACAAUGUGCUCGCGCGCCGCCGCGGGCACGUCCUCUCCGACGGGCCCGUCGCCGGCACCCCGCUCUACCGCGUCAACGGCCUGCUGCCCGUCAUCGACUCAUUUGGCUUCGAGACGGACCUGCGCAUACGCACCCAGGGCAGCGCCAUGGUCUCCCUCGUCUUUGACAGCUGGAGCGUCGUCCCCGGCGACCCGCUCGACCGCGAGCAGGUCGUCCACCCGCUGCAGCCCGCGAGCGUGCAGGCCACCGCCCGCGACUUUGUCCUCAAGACGCGGCGCCGCAAGGGCCUCAGCGAGGACGUCAGCGUCAAGACAUUUCUCGAGCCUGAAUUCUACCAGAGCCUCAUGGAGAGCGGCAUGCUGGGCGAGCUGUAA